AGAACCUUUCACUACGAUUCCACAUUGUGGACCGACACGAGGGACUAUCAUUCUUCUUCAGGGAAUACCCUGUUUGAUCAUCAAGAGACAAAAUUACCCACCUACUGGAGCACACCAUUUUCUAAGAUCUGCCUCGCUAUGAAGAUCGACAGCCAAGUUAAAUCGAUCGUCAUCUACAGGCAGGCAAACUCCUUGUACUCCUUGAUCGCUGAAGGACAAUAUCGUUCGACCUCAUUGGGUCGUAACACCUGGAAGAGGCUGAUUGGCGAACAGGCUUCGCUGCAGACAAAUUGUAAUCGAGAGGGUUUCAAUUCUGUGACAUCAUCAAGCAGGGCAAGAAUUGGCAUCAUUGGCAACAACGAAAAUGAUUGCAAGACGUGCGACUCCAGAAUUGGCUUUGGUACCGCAGGGCACCCUGAUGAUAACAACACCUGUGGAAACGUAGCAAUGUAUGGUGGGGACAAUGGCAAUAAGCACAUAAAAGCCAUGGGUUACAUCUUGGUGCAAUGA